AAUUCUUACCUCAGUAUAGUAUAUUGUAAAGUAUGUACACCAGUGUAACAUCUAAAUUAUCGUAUAGAAUCUAUCAUCUACGCAUUAAUGGAUUAUAUAAAUAAAGGAUGAGCCUUUAUUUUUUGACGGUUCAAAGCAAGUUUGCGGGAAAUAUAAAAAAACAAUAAAUAUUAUGCUUUAUCGCGAGGAGGGACAUUUUGAUUUAAUUCUAAACUUGGUAGGCGUGCGAAGUUGGAUGUAUUUUUGUGAACCGUGUAAUUAUGCACGAUGAAACCCGUUAGUCUUAAUAAAAAGCAAAAGAGCCACCUUGAAAACUGCUUUGCGUUUUACGAUUUCGAGACUAGGAAAGAACAAAUUACAGAAAAUAAUAGUACGUAUAAUUAAUUAAAACCGGUAUUGUGUGUAGUGCAGCUAUGUUGCGACGCGUGUUACAAUGAAAAAACGGCCUAUUCGUGCUCUUUUUGCGGGGAUCGUAAACAUAUAUUUAAUGGCGUAGAUUGUGUCGGUAAUUUUUUAAAGUUUAUUGUCCGUAAAAAAACACGUGGUUGUACCAAUUUUAUUUGUAUAGCGCACAACGCAAAAGCUUUUGAUGCACAAUUUAUUUUAAAAUAUUUAGUUGAUAAUGGCGAGCAACCGGACGUUAUUUUGAACGGGCGUAACGUUAUAAAAUUGAAAAUCGGAAUAGCGCUGUUUACGAUUCAUUAAAUUAUAUACCAUCGAAACUGUCGGCUCUACCGAAAACGUUUGGUCUUAAUGCUGAUGUUAAAAAAAGGCAUUUUUCGCAUCGUUUUAAUACUAUACAAAACGCCGACUACGUAGGUGCAUAUCCAUCGGCUAAUAUGUAUUCUUCUGACAGAAUGACUGUUCAGAAGCGCACGGAGUUUUAUAAGUGGUACGCGACGAUACCGCCUGAUUCUGUAUUCGAUCUGAAUAAAGAAUUAUUCGAGUAUUGUCAGCAAGACUUUACAUUUUUUUUUAAUUUUUAAACGAAAAAUGUUUUUAGAUAUUGCAAAUGUCGAUCCAUUUGCCGAGAGCGUGACACUUGCCAGUGCGUUCGCGCGUAUUUCGUAAAAAUUUUGUACAGCAUAACACGAUCGGUCUUACUCCGACGAAUGGGUAUUUGCGCGCGGAAAAUCACUCUAAAAAAUACAUAGAGUGGCUUUUGUGGGUAAAGCGUGAUAUAGGCAGGGACAUAAUACAUGCCGGAAGAUCUCGCGAAUAUCGCUUACAAGAGGGCCCCCUCGUUGAUGGAUUUUUGGAGAUAGACGGAAAAAAGGGCCGGGUUUAUCAGUUUCACGGGUGUUAUUGGUACGGGUAUGAGUGCUGUUUUACAAACGAUUGCGCGUGUGUUCUUUCUGACAUAACGGCAUUUAGACAACGGUUUGAAAAUACAAAUAUAAUGUCAGCAAUAAUAAAAUCAUACGGUUACGAGUUAGUUGAACUCUGGGAGUGCGAUUUUGACAAGACGUGUCAUUGUAAUGCCAAGUUUAAUAAUUUUAUCAGCCAGCACCCAUCAGCAAAGAACAUAAUGCUAAACCCGCGUGCGACUUUCUUCGGAGAUCGCACAGGAAACGUCGUAACUCUAGCUAGAGCGAAAGCUGGCGAGCAGAUACGCUAUCUCGAUGUCUGUUCGCUAUACUCAUAUAUCUGUAAAACAGGUAACUUUCCGAUCGGACAUCCAAAAAUAUAUGUCGGAAAUAUGUGUCGCAAGCUAGUCGGUGAUAAUUUCGAGCUUUUUACUAAAAACGUCGAGGGCCUUGUGCAGUGUGAGAUACUUCCGCCGCGCAAUUUAUUUCAUCCGGCAUUACCUUUGAAACUGCACAAUCGCUUACUUUUUCUACUGUGUCGCUCGUGUUGUGAAAUGAUAAAUCAGGAUGACUGCGAUCACAAUAACGAGAAUGAUCGUAUUUUGUCAGGGACUUAGGUCGCGUUAGAAAUAAAUAAGGCGUUAGAACACGGUUAUGUACUAAAAACGAUACGAUUAUUUGGCAGUAUGAGGUUACAAAAUACAAUCCGGCAACGCGCACUGGCGGUUUAUUCGCUUGGUAUAUUGAUACUUUUUUUAAAAUUAAGCAGGAGAGUUCAGAAUUUCCUGUAGAUGUUGUAAUUGAGCGGAAAAGCACACAUACACGGAGAGAAAUGUUUCCGUUAAAAUUGCUAUACUUCUCACUAUUGAGGAGACAAACUCGACCUUCGAGCAAAUUUAGUAAAUAUACGUGAAAAAUUAAUAUGUACGUACGAAAACAAUGAUACUCAGCGUAUGAAAAUAUGCUGUGUAUUAUAGUAAAAAUUGUACAUAUACUUUUUGGUAGUCAAUAUAGUAAAAUUUAAGUAAGUUUGUUUCAAUUAUGUGCAGGUUAGUUAGCAAAUAUCAUUGAAAACAGAGAAGGGAUCGCCGUGACAAAGAAAUACCGCGUCUAGUGACCGUCAUAAUUUAUUGAUGGCGCGAAAAACCUAUCCGGCGGCCGGCCGCGUAAACACGUGCUCGAUCGCGGACCUCGCGGUAGUGUGUGCACUGAUUUGGCAGACUCGGACGCUCGGCGGACUCACUUAUUGUCGAAGAGGACUUCUCUAUUCCUGCACUCAAAAUCGUAAGCAAACAUCUUGAAUCUUAUUUUAAGUUACUAUUGCUAUUAAGUUGCAUGCCAAUUGUUCAACUUUUUAAUUUGUUUCAAUGGUGCCAACGAUAAAAAAAACUAACCUAUAAAUUGAGGUUAGCUUUUCAAAAGAAAUCGUUGCUAAAGCUAAGUGCAGUAUUAUAAUUGAAAAAAUGUGCAACAUGUGGGUUUUUUUAUUUGUUAGUGACUGAAGAAUGGAACAAGGAGAGGUAAGGACGUUAUGUAGCACCGAGUAUGGUUGCAUGUAUGGAUUUGUAUAUACGUGUUGACAAAGGUCAAGGUAACUUCAUCCACAAUCUAACAUUUCCUUCUCAAUGUUCUUUUUAUAUCUGUGUAAAGCCAGUUAGUUAAUUCUAGUUAAUAUAAGUUCUAACUUUGAUUCGACUCUUUGUUAAUUUAAGUAUUAUAUAAAUAAAUUAUUAUAGAGCCAGGUGGGUCUGACUGAGAAGGAAGUCGACGAGACGCUUGCUAACCAGGAGGUAGACGACAAGCUGGUUGAGAACAAGGAGGCAGUCAACAGUGGACCAGUGUUGGUCGUCGCUGUGGAAGCAGAUGUCCCAGUUGAAAAUGCCCAGGCUGGAAAUGUCGAGCAUACUCCUGUUGAGGGGACAGAUGCAGCAGCAGCGAAUGUUGCUCAAGGAGAAAAUGCAGUAGCUGAUGAAGCGAGCAAUUAUAUAAGCACAGUAUGUAUGAUCUUGAGAUUUAAUCAACAGUUAUAUGAUAGAAUUUUAAUUUUAUUAUUCGUUUCCCUAGGAUCUCCUUGUUUUACUAUACGUACUAUGUUUUAACAGAACUUUGACGAAUAUUAAAAGCUCAAAUCUGUAUAUUUCAAUAAACUAAUUAAAUUUUUACUUGUAGGGACUCCUGCAAUAUUUGAAAAAAACAACAAUAGGUAAAGAAAUUUUGAAAUCAUAUGAGAAGAAAAAAGACAAGGGGAUUCUACCAAGCACCAUCAGAUCCAAGCUUGUACGUCUGAUCAUUGCGAGAGAGAGAGAGAGAUUGGCUUUUGAAAGAUGUGACUGAGACUCAGCGACUUGAGAAAUUUGUUUAAAAUAAAUUUCUAUUUUUGCUUCCAGUUACGUAAAAAUACUGCAAUUGUUUCCUUUUUUUUAGGAUCAAACGACAAAGGUUCGAGAUUCUAGCUAAUGAAGUAGCGCAUCUUUUCAAAGGAGAAUCUGCACUGACAUAUUUUGUGCCAUUUAUUCAAGAAGGAAAAUUUAAAAAUAUAGCUAGCGGAAAGCUAUGGAACCACUAUAAUUAUGCUAAGGAAUGCAUGAGAAAUGCAGAUCUGUUAGCAAGGCGAAAGAAGAAAGAUAUCGAAUAUGUUGCGACUGAAGGAGAUGUUCAAAAACUGAAUUGGCUAUCCUCGAACUUAGAGCCAUGGGACCAAGUUGAAAAGUUAUGGCAGGAAUCAUUUGAGAGCAGGCGGAUGGUGUUGAAAAACCUACAAAUUCAUGAGUAUAUUGAAAAAUUUCCCUGUCUAAAAACACAAGCUGGAAAGCGAAUGUUUUUAUUAGAUUUCAAAAGACUGUACCCCAAUGAAGAUUUUAUUGAAACUAGCAAGUGGAGUAAUAAAAUAAGACCGUGUCUUGUAGAACAUUUAGGCAAGGUCAAUUUCAAGUCGGUGCAUGAAGCCGCAUUACUUGAGGCUCUUAAGUCAAAUGAUUUAAGUGAAGAAAAACAAAACUUUGUAACGCUCUAUUUAUUACCACAUAUAAUUCCAACAAAACGAAGUGGUAAAAGAAAGAAAGAUAACGCUGAACCUGUGGAAAGACCUCAUCGCUUAUCUUUACAAGAGAGAAGAGAAUCAUUCAUUUUAAAUGUCCAGACAGCCAACGAUGUCCAGACACGUAUAAACGACUUAAAACAACGCUUACUGAGAAGUAAACUGACAUUUCAACCACUUAUCGUUGCUGUUGGACCGGAAACAAACAUCGAGAAGCUUUAUGUAGCUGUCAACGAUCAAUUGUAUUCGAUUAAUUCCAUUUUAACUGCGAUAAAGCUAGCUAUAGCAGUAUUUUUUUUUGGACAUUUUUACAAAGGGUUUUCACUGAUAUUAAGUUACCUACAGAUAUACUAAACAUUCAAUCGAAUAUUAUUCUUGGUCACAUUGAAGGUAUCUUGGAACAAUAAAUUAAUAACAAUGACGAUAACGUGCAUAUAUUGUUCAAGUGAGUACGCAAAUUGCUUUUUAUUAUUUGAUCAUAUUGCAGAAUCACAUCGAUGUGAAACUAAUUUUUAUUGUAUUUUUAACGAUUGUAAUAGAGUGUACUCGCAAUUUCAUUCAUUCAGAAAACAUUUUACACAAAAACAUGGAUCAUUUAAAUCUAGCUCUCUUUGUACGUCAGUAUUAAAUAAUGAUAUCGAUAAGGAAGAAAAAGAUCUUCUAGUUACUAAUUCAACUUACACUGUGACUGAGAAUACUAUUACAGAUCUUAGUUUUAGUGAUUCGGAAUCGGAUGACGAAUCAAUAAUUUACGAAGAGAAUAUGUCUGAACAAAUCAACGAUAAGGCUGUGACAGAUAACUCACCUCAAAGGUACAAAAGUAUUGUAAAUGACGCGUGGUUAAAGUUUACUGCUUCUUUAAGC